AUUGUGGAAAUAUAAUGUUGUAGAAAGAAACGAAAGCACACCCGAUGUUAAGUGUCCAAUAAAUAAAAAUGCUUCAAACAGUAUGCUAAAAGAUCCUAACUCUUGUAUGGGAGGAGGAGGUAAAAGGAAAGGGAAACCUUCAAUAUUAAAUAGAAGAAAUAAACGUGAACGUGUUCUCGUUACGACAAUGUUUUUUAAAAUAUCAUUAUUUUUAAUUUGCUACUGUAAAUUAAGUCUAUGGACGGAGGCGGAAGUGUAUACGGCGGUAACGGAACUUGCGCCCUUGCUCCACACUCUAGACAGGACCAUAGAGGAUUUAGAAUAUUUCAUUGAAAAAGAGAAGAAAAGUGCUGAUACUUUGAUAACACAAUUGAAUAUAUACAAAAUGGAAAAGAAAUUAGCCUCCAAAGAUUAUUCGGAAUAUUUGGAGAAUCCUGUUAACGCGUACACUCUGAUAAAGCGUCUCACUUCCGAUAUAGAUUAUCUCACACUAAAUAUACAAAAUAUCACAAAAGACGACACAAUUAAUCUACGGCAUGAAGAUCUUGUUUAUCCUACAAUAGAGGAUCUUAUUGGUUCAGCGUUGGCGCUCUCGAGACUUCAAAGUACUUACGCACUCAAUGUCACCAAACUCGCUGAAAAAAGACUUAAUAAUGAAUCAUUUGGUAUUCCGAUGACGGUAAACGACUGUUUCAAACUUGGCCAAACACUUUAUCAACAUAAAAAGUUUAAGCAUUCACUAGAAUGGUUUAUAGAAGCGCUUCGGAAAUACAAGAGGGAAAAUGAAACGUACGGAGUUUCGGAGAUUGACAUCCUUAAUUAUAUUAGUUAUGCUUUAUACUACGCGGAUAAUGCCAAAACUGUAUUUAAAUCGACUAAGCAAAUAUUAAAUAUUGAUAAGGAAUAUGCAAUUAAAAUUGAAGAUUCUAUAAGUGCGCUGGAAAGUAUUGAGAUGUUGGAAGAAAUACCUAUUACGGAAGACACCAGUGAGGAGGAUGAUGAAGGCAGUGAAGAAUAUCAAAGGUAUUUCAUUAAGGAACAGUUUGUAUACGAAGCACUUUGUCGCGGGGAAAUAGAUUUGCCUACAGAAGUUACAAAGAGAUUAAAGUGCAGUUACCUAACAGACACUCAUCCAUUCCUGAAGUUGGCACCGAUCAAGACGGAGCAAUUGUACAUAGAACCCGACGUGUUCGUCUUUUACAACGUAAUCAGCGACGAAGAGAUCGAACAAUUGAAGAUCCUAUCGAAAGAGAGACUCAAACGAUCAGAAGUGGCAGGUUAUUCUGAUUUCACGAAUGACACGAUCGCAAAGUACCGCAUCAGCAAGACGGCAUGGCUGUACGACGUUGACUCGUCAGUGGCGGCGCGUGUAUCGCGUCGUGCAGCUUACUUCACCGGCUUCAGCACGGCCAGCGCGGAGCCCUUGCAGAUCGUCAACUAUGGCCUCGGCGGACAUUUCUCACCACAUUUUGAUUUUUUCUUGUCCGACACUGAGCCUGAUUUACCCAAAAUGAAAGAAUAUGGAAACAGAAUAGCAACUACAAUAUUCUAUAUGUCAGAGGUGACAGAAGGGGGCGCUACUGUGUUCACGGAGCUGGGUUUAACCGUGUUCCCGGUGAAGAAUGCGGCGUUAUACUGGUUGAACCUGCACCCGUCUGGUGAGGGUGACAUCACGACGCGCCACGCCGCCUGCCCCGUGCUGCGCGGCUCCAAGUGGAUUUCAAACAAGUGGUUCCAUCAAGCGGGACAAGAGGCCAUUCGACCUUGUAACCUGGAAUAUCAAAUAGAAAACGUCAAACGGAAUAUUUCUAUGCCCCGACCAAAAACAAAGGAUGAGUAUCAUAGACAACUUAUAAUAGAUUGGUUUACAAAUAACGGUCUUGAAAAAUCUAUGUAUGAAUAGAAUCUUUAGAAAUAUGUCACUUGAGAAAUAAAUUUAAACUAUUUA